AUGGCGAGAAAAGUUUCUAAUAAAGAUAAUACUAUAAUUGUUUGCAGACCUGAUGUAACACUCUCUAUUCCUGUUAUCGUUCCACAUAAAACAGUUCUUGGUAUCAUUAAUACUCUUAUUUGUAUAGGACAGUUUCAAGCAGUUCCUCUCUAUGUAAAUGAACUUUGUUUGCCGGAAUCAAAGCUUAUUGGUAAUGAUAGUGAGGAUUUAGCAGCUUCAUCUCACGUUCCCAAACUACUGAACAAUGAGUAUCUCUCAUUCCAAUCAGCACCUGGUGUGGAAUACCUACAGGGAAAUAAUAAUUGUUUUGAAGAGGAAGAAGAAUGGCAGUCGAAGUUGGAUGUUUGGCGUGAAAAACGUCGUCAAGCCUUACUCACUGAGGCAACAAAAUUUGCCUUACUUCAAGAGCGUGAGAGUAGGGAGAACGAAAGACGUAAGGAAGAAGUAAAAGAUCGCCUUCGUAAAGCCAAAAGCCAACGUAAUCUAAUUUCCAGUGGACAUGUUUCCUCCUUAGAUUUAGCUCCACCACCAAAAAUAAAUAGUCCUGGCGUCGCAUUACUAACAGGUAGCGAUUUUGAUCCGCUCACUUUCGGUCAUUUUGAAAAAAAUCAAAUGGAUACAGUCUCACCAUCACAAUCGGUUUCUUCAAAUAAAUUUCAGUACACAGAUAGUUCAGAUCUUUAUAAGUCAAAUGACUCCGAGACUAAUUUGAAGGCCUACUCCGAUUGUUCUUCACCUGUGUCUGAACUGAAAACUGAAGUUCAGAGUAAUAUUACGGACAAAAUAAUGGAUAUUUCUUCUCCAAACAAAAAUUCUGUCGAAAAAUAUGCCAAAUGUAAUCGAAUUGAAGUAAUUCGUGAUCUCAUAUCUAAACCAAAUAAUUGCAACGUUGAAGUCACCCCGGAAACCAAACUGCCUUUUGAUGCGAGUCUUGAAAAUAAUGACUAUUCCGAAUGCAAAUUACGUUUGUCAUCAAGACCUGGAGUAUCAGAGGUUCAUUGGGGACUAACAAUAAAAGCACGAGGUCCUUCAAAUACUUCCCCUUUUGUUGUUGAACGUGUUAAAAUUGGUAGUUCAGCAGAUAUCUGUGAAUUUCAAAAAGGUGACAUAUUGGCUUCUAUUGAUGGCAUAAACCUGGGUACUAGUCGGAAGAACACUGACAAAAACACCAGUCAAGUUACAAACUUAGAGGAUCUAGAAAACUUGAUGGCUCGAAAAAUGGAUGAAUUUGAUGAACUGAACGAUGGCGAAUCGGAUACAGGUGGAGAUUUUUCUGUCGAAUCAGCAGCCGUGAAAUCCAAACACACACCAAGUAACAUUAGUGAUUCCGAUAGUGAAUGCCAUGAGUUACUUGUUUCUCCUGUUGUCAAGGUUUCUCACAAAACAUCUCCUGUUGAUAGCCCAGUUUUACAAAGAUCUAUCACAAUUACACAUUCACGUCAUAGGUCACCUUCCCGAAGCUCAAUUCAAAUUUCUGAUGACGAAGUUAACAAUUCAUCUGUGUCAUCUAACUCCGAAGUAAAAGAAUACAAUUGUCUAAAAGGGAACUUUAAUAUUUCGUCCAAAUCAAUUGGUUUAAUUUCUAAGAAUGAGAUUUCUCCAUUAUUUAAAUCAAAUCAAGAUAAGUCUAAAGAUGAAAUUUCAAGUCCUGCGGACUUUGAUAUAUCAUCAAAUACACCAACUCCAUCGGAUUCAGCAAAUUGCAACAGUACUUUAUAUCAUAAACAAAAUGUAGAAGUAACUUUAACGGAACCUGUUUCUUUCUCAUUGGUAACUGCAUACACACUAUCUCCAAGCAUUCAAAUGACCCAUCAAAUACAGCCAACUGUUUUGGAGGAUAUUAAGCCUACUGGUUUUAUACAUAAGAAAAUAACUCGUCCAGAACACUUUGCUGUGAACAGAUCACUUGGACAAGAGGUAACAUAUGUUUCAAAAAUUGUUGGAGAUUCCCCCACAUCAACACCUACAUUUCUAGGUGAAACGACUUCGCAUCUUUCGUCGUUACCCAAAACAAGACAUGCAUCAAAGCAGAGAACAUUCCAUAUUCAUCCCAAACUGCCUGAAACAUGGGAUGAUAUUCCCUCUCAUAUAUCUGGUAUUCGAUGUUCAUUUCCCGCAAACUAUAAACAGAAUUCAGUGUUCAAUGUUCCUCCACAAUCUUACCCUCUAUAUACUACAGAUUUGUGUAAAUCAAAACAACUAGAUUCCUUCCGACCCCAUGUCCCUCCACGGCCUAUUCCUAAAGUAACUCGUGCUGCACCCCAGUUUAGUGGAUUCACUACGACUGUUGAAUCUGAAUCACGUCCAUCCAUCUUCAGUUCAAGUAACCAAACGAUUCCAGUUAAGUCCGAUUCAUUUUCCGAUACAACAAAAAGCAAGUCCCUACGUGUCUCAGAAUCCGAUAUUUAUGUCAACACUUCGAACAUUCGUUCUUCACCACAACCUGAUGCAUUGAUACCGAUGACUAAAAUGAAACAGCUACCUCAAGGUUCACUGAAUGGUGAUGAUAAACAAAGCAUCACCGAAGAUCUUGUUAAUGACCACGGUUUUGAAAGAUCAUCAGUUAAAUAUGCUUUGAGGUCUUCUGAUGAAACUGAGAAAUUUCCACUGCCAGUACAUCAAAUUUGCAAAAAUUCGGAGGUUGAAGUGCCACCAAUUCCCCCUCGGACGCCACGCGUGCGAAUAGUCGAUAUUAAUCAAUUAUGCGCAGCGUGUAAUUCCAAACUAGAUUCUGAGGACUCAAUGGUUAUUGAAUCCUUAAAUCUAUACUAUCAUUUACCAUGUUUUGUAUGUGCAAGAUGUGGAAUUGCGUUAGGCGAUGGUCUAUCAGACGUGGAAGUUCGUGUUCGGCGUAACUUGCUUUACUGUUCACAUUGUCAUUCCAAGAAUCUCACUGUAUCGAAUUAUAACAAGAAUGAAUGUCAUCCAACGAUGCAAAGUGUGCAACCUAGUUCUCAGCCACUAAAACCCACUGAUAAACGACACCGAAACGGUUCAGAACAGCAGUUAUCAUCUAAUUUAAAUAAACAUCACGUUUUGUAA